UCGCCCGAGGCUGCGGCAGGCGCCGCGGCGCGCAGGGUCGCGGCGCUGCUGGCCGACUGGCUCCGCAGCCGCGCGGCGGGCGCGCAGGCGGGCGGCGGCGAUGGGGCCGGCGCGGCUGCGGCCGCGGAGGAGGUGGCCGAAUGCCUGUGCUCCUGCCUGCUGCUCUUGCUGCAGGACACGCCGGACGCCGGCGGCGGCCCCGACGGCGGCGGCGCGCCCGACGCAUCCAGCGGCGGCGCGCGGUUCGAGCUGCAGCUGGCGCUGCUGGACCUUCUGCCCGCGCUCUGCGGCGCCGUCGCCGCGGCGGCGGCGCCGCCGUCGCCCGCGGCGGGCGCGCCGCGCGCGGCGGGGCUGCAGGUGCUUAUUGAGAUCCUGCAGCGCCAGCUGGCGCCGCCCCAGUGGCUUCCGCUGGUCGGGCUGCACCUGUCGCUGGUGCAGACGCUCCGCGCCGCCUGCUGCGGCGGCGGCGGCGGCGGCGCGGCCGGGGCCGGCGGGGACGCGGGGCCCGGCGGCGGGCAGGAGGCGGAGGUGCGGAGGGUGGGCGUGCUGGAGCUGCUGCUGUGUGUCACGCGCGCGCCUGACGGCGCACUGCAGCUGUUCCACCAGGGGGCCUUGCCGGCACUGCUGGACUGCGCGCGGCACCUGCUGGCUCCGCCCGGCGGCGGCCUGCUCGGGACGUCGGCGGUCGGCGGGGAUGCGGCGCCCGAGGGCGCCGCCGGGCGCCGCGGCGCGGCUGCGGCGGCGCCGCCCGCGCAGGGCGGCAGCGUGCCGCUGCCCGGCACGCUCGGCGCGUACCUGGCGCCAGCGUCGGGCGCGGGCGGCGGCGGGGCCGCCGGCGGCGUGGCGUGGGCGCCGGUGCACCAGCAGUGGUGUGUACUGCUGAGCCUGGCGGCCACGACCCUAGACAGCCUCAGCCGUUUUGUACCCGUUGCCGAGCCCGCGGUCGCGCUCAUGAUUGCGGUGGAGCCACGGGUAGUCCUCUCGCUGCAGCUGCUGCUGCAGCAGCUGCCACACCAUAGGGGCGGCGACGGCGGCGGCGACGGCAGCGGCGGCGGCGGCAGCGGCGCGCCGCUGCAGGUGCAGCUGGCGUCGCUGCUGGAAGCGGAGCGGUCGCUGGCGCUGCUGUGCCUGCUGGCGCAGCACGCGGGCGCGUGGCAGCUCGCGCGGCCGGGCAGCCUGGCGGGAUUCAGGGCGGCGGCGGCCGGGGUUUUGGAGUUUGCGGCGCGGCCGUCCUUGGAGCGGCAUGUGCGCGUGGCCUGCCCGCCUCUCACGCCGUUCGAGCGGCGCCUGACGCGCGUGACCUCGGACCUAGACGGCGGCGAGGGCUGGCUGCGCGCCUGCGUCGCCGGCGCCGGCGCGGCGCCGCUGCCCUCCCGCGACUCAGCAGCCGCCGCCGCCACCGCGGACGCGCAGGGCGGCAGCGGCGGCGCGCUCGCGCUGAUGCCGCCCGGGGCAGGAGACGGCGGCGGCAGCGGCGGCGGCGGCGCAGCAGCAGCAGGCGGGGGGUGCCACGAGUAUGCCGCGAGGCUGGCAGAGGCGGUGUACUCGUGUGCGGGCCACGCGCUCCACUUCCUGGCCCUCACCUCCCCCCAGCUGGAAGCUGGAGAGGCGGCCGCGGCGGGGCCCAUGUGGCCGAAGCGGCAGGCGCUCGCGGCGCUGCAGGGCCAGGCCGUCGCGGUGGCGCAGUCGCAGCUGCAGGCCGGCGGCACCUCCCGCGCCCGCCGCCGCCGCCUCGCCGCCGCCGCGCUGCGCCUGGCGCAGGGCGCGGCGGCGCUGCAGCAGCUGAUGGGGGGCGGCGCGCCCGCGUGUGCGCGGGGGUCGGGGGCUGAGGAGCGGCUGGGGGAGAGGGCGGCGCAGCUGGAGCGCGCGCUUCGCGAAUCGGAGGCUGGGGCCGGCCCUGUCGGCGGCGCAAAACGGUGA